UUCCUGUAACCAAGGGUAACCGGCACCACGAGCAGCUGCAGGCUUCCUGCCCUGGCCGUACUGGACCCAGUCAGUAUCAGUGGUGCACUGUAUAGAACUUCUGGGGCAACUUCCUAGUGACGAGUCAGGUCCGGUCAGGCAGAUCGGUGUUAUUACACUUCGUGCAUUUCAGGGCUAGAAACUGCACUAACUUGUCUGUUACCGGCAUAGGUGAGGCUGAAGGCUAAGCUCAGUGAAAGUAAUCACCCUGGUCUCUGCAUUUGAGUUUGUCUUUUGGUAAUGUUUUCAACGAUUGUUUGAUCAAGUUAUUUAUGCACAUUCCAUUAUUCCUUUAUACUUUAGUGUCAAAAAGCACAAUCAGUUAUAUUGUGAUAACAAGUAUUUUACAUAUUUUAUCAAGACUAUCUUUUUUUUAUUUUUUGAAAACAAAUGAAAACAUUAUAAUAAUGAUCAAGAUUUAAACCAACAACUUUAAGUGGAAAAAGCUCACUUCAUAAUAAAAUAUAUUAGGCUGCGAUAGGAAAACAUGCCGGGAAAUUCAGGAGACUGUGAGCCCAGAAGUUAUGUGGUUAUUAAACCGCUUCCAAUAACCAGCCAGAAGGGGCUAAAAAUACAAUCCAGAAGUCCCAAUCAUUAUAACUGCUGGGUACCCUGCCGGGAGGAAGUGUUCCGAGCCAACUACUUCCGCAGGCAGAGGCAACUUGCUCAGCAAGGGUACAGUUCACCCAACUACAAACCCUACCAGGAGUUGGGACAUCCUCUCUUCUUGGAAGCCAAAAAACUCAUCCUUCAUUCACUGGGACAAGAUGACCAGGACUCUGAACCCAAGGAACCAGUAUUUGAGGCCAAAACUCCUGAGGAAACCGGAUCUAAGACUUCACCAAAACCACCCCUAGAUAAAACGCUUCCACCAUGUGGUUCCUCUGUGUACCUAAGGCACAGAAAAAAGUACACAAGCAACUUUAAUAAAGAGUUCAACCACACCAGAAAACUGAUCAGCAGUGUGAAACAAGGCCGAGAUUACUUUCAUAUACUACAUCAGGAAGAGGAGGCCAAAAAAAUAGAAGCUCAGGAAAAACUUUUUCAGGAGAAGCGCAGAGCUGAACCACAGCCAUUUCAGGACUCCAGUGAGGAUAGCUCUGGGGACGAUGAAGAAAUGACAGAAUCAGAUAUUAAGACAAGGUUCUUUGUCACAGAGUUGGCAGAACAGCCGAAAAAAGAGAAAAGGGCAGUGAGCCGUCCAUUCACGCCUAUACACAACAGUCUGUUUUCCGAGCAACUCCUUGAUGCUGACCCGGAGUCCCUCUUCCGUCAGCUCUGUGCCAUCCAUUGGCUUUUGGAGUCUCUAAUUUGUGAUCCAUCUGGCUUCAUGCGACCGGUAUCUACCUGUUGGAGCAUAAGAGAUCCUGGUGGCUCUAAAACUUCAUUAAAAAGAAUCAAUAAAGAGAAGGACGUAGAAGUGAAGUGGGAGCGGUUCAUCACUCCAGGGAAGAGUAAAAGGCAGAGUCAGAAAUUUCUCCGCAGUCACAUACAACGGGCACGCAGGUUAUCCUUCCUCAGCACCUCUCGCUAUAGUGGGGUUUCAUUGGCCAUCACACCAACCAUAGGCAGUGUCUCUUCCCUUCUCCAAAGUUCAGAUGAGAUGACACCAUGGGGCACUACACCCUCAGAUGCCCUGCAAGAUGGCGGGGAGGAUAUGGAAUCUACCAUUUAUAGUUCUAGUCAUUCCCCAGGCAAACUGAGCAAAGAGGAUGACGAGGAACCGCUAUCUGACUACUUACAGAUUUUACUGCAGAUGAUUGCAGAAAGUGUGAACAAGGAUUUAGAUGAAGAAGAAAGUCGAUGCAAGUACAAGUUCAGAAGUGACUCAUCUCAAGCUCAAAUCAGAGAACCAUUAAUUAAUGAGGAUCGAGGGAGUAACAAGAGCAUCACACAAAGACCAAAAAGUUCUCCUGCAUCAGCCUUGUCCCCUACAAGUCUCUUCAUUAGGCAGAAAAUGAACUUGUGUUCUGAGAUGAGGGAGAAGUUUUUUGAGGUAGCGGAUGAAGCAGAUGUCUACUUACAUGAUAAGGUGGAGGCAUUGGAGAGGCGACGUCAAGAAUUAAACACCCAGAAAUAUCGAUCCUUGGGCACAAUUACUAACUUCCGUCAAGAUCUGGAGAAAAUUAGAAAAGCUUACCACCAUGUAAAAGAGGACAAGGUGUACACAGACACUAAUAAUUGGUUUGCAGUCUUGCUAUCUAGGAUCCCCCCUGUUAUGAAGAAUAACCAGAAGAUCCACAAUAUCCUGGAAAAGCUUGAAGACUUGGAAGAGAAGCAGUUUGUCAGAAUACGUCCAAACGCCUUCCUGAGGGUUCUGGGUGGUCUCCGUAGUUGGGAACUAUGUUCCCCUGACAUCAGUGUGGCUAUAGAGUUUGUGAGGGACCAUAUUGUACAGAUGCCAUUAGAGGAUUACAUAACCUGGCUCCAGGCUCAACUGGCUCCUUCCCUAUCACAGAGAGUCCAGAGUGCGCCACCACAGCGAUGACCACUGCAAGUCUGUGUAAUGUGUCAGCAACUGCAGAAGCAUGGCUUGCAAACAAUAAUACAUCCCUACGCCAACAUCUUCAGGGAUAACUUUCUUGCUGUGGUCUGCAAAACUGUGCUGACUGACCUCAUCUUUCUUUUACAUUUAACAUAGAAUGUUAGUGCUUUUGGUAUUAUUAUUUCAUUAGUUUCUUAAAUAAUGAGAUUACUCUCUAUUGUUGGGACUAUGGUGGCCAAUCCCGGGAUUGGGAUCCGCGGGAUCCCAGGAUUUUGGCCAAAAAUUGCCCAGGAUUCAAUCCUGGGAUUGGAGCUUCCAAUACCGGGGAUUUUGUGAUUGGAAGCUUCCUUUGUUUUUUCAAUGCCGGCAGCGUUGAUCAUCCUCAGGAGGCUCAGGCGCUGCCCGGAUCCUCCUGCCCAGCUCCCCUUUACCCCAGUCGGUGCACUAUGCAGUGUGACAUGAUGUCAGUGGUCACGCUACGCAGCUUGGCGCCAGCGGUAUGGACCUCACACUGCCGCAGCAAGUGGUCCUUCCCCCCACCCAUCCGGAGGAUUGUGAGUUGGCUUUGCUGGGCUGUGCGAGGGGGGGGAGGGGGGACAUUGAAAAAAUUUCAUUUACACAAAACACGCCAGUCCCAGGAAUCCCGGGAUUGAUCAUUUUUCAAUCCCAAAUCCCGGGAUUGAAAAAAAUUGGGCCGUGAUUAUCUACCCUAGUUGGGACCAAACAAUGGAAUUCUUCAUGCUUGCUUCUUGGAUAGAAUUAUUUUUUGUCUUUUUAAACCUCAUGAUAAUUCUCACUCUUCAUGUAGUAACUUAGAACUCUAUAUAUAUUAUAGGUUGUAUUUCAUUUACUGUAUAUAUAGUUUUAUAAAGUCACCUUAUUCCUGUACCGUUUACUAUACAUUUACGUUAUGUUAUGUGCUUACCAUUAUUAAAGGCAAAUAAUUGAU